AAAACAAGCGACGCGCCAAAAUCUGUAACCUAAUCCAAUCCAAUUUCGUUAGCAGAGGAUAAGAAAAGAAAAAGGAAAAAACUGUGAAACUUUGAGCUGAGUGAAGUGAACACAGCAAGCUAUCAAGCACUUAUUCUUCUUCUACAAGCUUUGCUGCAGUAAUGGCUGUAGCUGCAGCUACCUGCUGCUUCUCAGCUCUGACCUCCACCGUUAAAUUCCGCUGUUAUGUUACUUCCCAGCGCCAUUUCGCUACGUCACAUCAUCGAUCCCUCACUUCUUCUAAAGCUAUCAAUCACAGCGGACGUAACUCAAAGCGAGGUUCCUCGUCUUCUAUUGAUAAAUCCAACAACAGAAAUAAUGCGAAAUUAAAAGGUAAGAGGAGUAAUUUAUAUAGCGAUGAAAAUGGUGGUAAAGCAGAGAGAGGGAAAGCUCAAUCAGUGGCUUAUAAGUCAUUUGGAACGGAAAGAAAAGAUAAGAAAGAGUUUCAGUUUGAUUCGAACGAGCUUCAGAUUGAAUCAGGGAAACUUCAGGAUAUGGCUUUUCUAAAUGCUGUUGUUAAGGUUUACUGCACCCAUACCGCACCUGAUUAUUCCCUUCCCUGGCAAAAGCAAAGGCAAUAUACAAGCACUGGAAGUGCGUUCAUGAUUGGGGAUGGAAAGCUUUUGACAAAUGCGCAUUGUGUUGAACAUUAUACACAAGUCAAAGUAAAGAGAAGGGGAGAUGAUACUAAAUAUGUCGCUAAGGUAUUAGCCAGAGGUGUAGAUUGUGAUAUAGCAUUACUUUCCGUGAAGGAUAAGGAAUUUUGGGAAGGAGCUGAACCACUCCAAUUGGGACACUUGCCACGUCUUCAGGAUGCAGUAACUGUUGUGGGAUAUCCCCUUGGAGGAGACACCAUUUCAGUGACAAAGGGAGUUGUAUCACGUAUAGAGGUUACAUCAUAUGCUCAUGGAUCAUCAGACUUGCUGGGUAUUCAAAUUGAUGCAGCAAUAAAUCCUGGUAAUAGUGGUGGUCCUGCAUUCAACGAACAAGGGGAGUGCAUUGGAGUGGCAUUUCAGGUUUACAGAUCUGAAGAAGCUGAGAAUAUCGGAUAUGUGAUUCCAACAACUGUUGUAUCUCAUUUUCUAAAUGAUUAUGAGAGGAAUGGGAAAUACACUGGCUUUCCAUGUCUUGGUGUAUUGUUGCAAAAGUUGGAGAAUCCGGCAUUACGUGCAUGCCUAAAAGUAGAGUCUAAUGAGGGUGUACUGGUACGGCGAAUUGAACCAACGUCUGAUGCAAAUAAUGUCUUAAAGGAGGGGGAUGUGAUUGUGAGCUUUGAUGAUGUUAAUGUAGGGUGUGAAGGAACAGUGCCCUUUCGAUCAAAUGAGCGCAUUGCAUUCCGUUAUCUCAUUAGUCAAAAAUUUGCUGGUGAUGUGGCAGAACUUGGUAUCAUUAGAGCAGGCUCAUUCAUGAAGGUUAAAGUAGUUUUGAAUCCCAGAGUGCACUUGGUUCCCUAUCAUGUUGAUGGAGGUCAGCCUUCUUAUUUAAUAAUUGCUGGUUUGGUGUUUACCCCUCUUUCAGAACCGCUGAUAGAUGAGGAGUGUGAAGGCUCUAUAGGGUUGAAGCUUCUAGCAAAAGCACGCUACUCUUUGGCAAGGUUCAAAGGGGAACAAAUUGUUAUCCUAUCACAGGUCUUAGCAAAUGAAGUCAACAUUGGAUAUGAGGAUAUGAGCAAUCAGCAGGCAAGUUCCCUAUUCACUUUGGUCGUCCAACUCUUCCAAUUUGUAUAUGCAAUACUUGAAGGACCAUUCAAUUUCAGCUUCCAUGUUCUUGAACAGCAUGCAAGGACAAAUAUUUGGUUUUUGAGUUUGAAGACAAUUAUCUCGCCGUGUUGGAGAGGCAACCAGCUACCGCUGCUUCAUCUUGUAUCCUCACAGAUUAUGGGAUACCAUCUGAACGAUCUCCUGAUCUGUUGAAGCCAUACGUGGAUUCACAAGUAGACAACCAAUUAGCAGAACAAGAUGCACUUGGUGACAGUCCAGUUUCAAAUCUGGAAAUUGGCAAUGACGGAAUCCUCUGGGCGUAAUUACCAAGUCUUGAGACCUUGGUGUUCCAUUUUUAGAGAAGGGCCUGUCAUAAUUGGGAAGCAUGGCAGCCUGCGAAUUGGUGCCACGCCAUAGUUUCUGCUCAUUUUUUAGGCCCCUUGCAUGAGUUCUUACAGUUUUUAUUUCUUCACUUUCAUUUUUAUUUUCAUUUUUUGCUUUAAAAAAAUUUUGUUUGGGUGGUUAGGUUCCAAAACAGUUUUUUUUUUUUUCUUUUAAAAAAAAAGGUUAGAGAGAGCAUAAUUGUGUACAGUUGGAGCUGCAAUCAGCCUUCAAAUUAUUUGAUGUACUAACUUGCCAUAAUGGACAGUUAAAUUAUCUUUA